UUUUUUUGUUUUAGUUUGUUUCAAAGCAAAUGUCAUCUUUUAUAAUUAAAAUAAAAAUUAUAUUAAAUUUUUUUUUUUUUUUUUUUUUUUUAACGAAAUAAUUUAUAAAUAUUUAAGAUUUAUUUUAAAUCACAAACUUAAAAGUUUUUUGUCUUUACUUAUCUUAUAUCAUGCAUGUCAAAUAGUGUACCAUAAAUUAGGACGGACGGAGAGUGUAAGAUAUUUUAUAUUAUAUUUACGUAAUUCCAUUAUAUAAUGCUCCUCAUUUUACAGCUAUCAAACAACACCCCACCACCUGGCUGCUACGUACCUAUCUUCACCAGCCCCCACAACAUAUAUAGAUGUCCAUCAAGAUUUGAAGCAAAUUGCAGCAGUAGUUCUCAAGUUUAAUGAAUAUUGGGAGGAUUUUGCUAAGUAAAACAAGUCUACCUUCAGGUCACUAUUAUUCUCUUAUAUCAAAGAAGAAGAUGAUGACGGAGAAGAAAACGAAAAAGGGAUAUGAAAAGAAAAAGAAGAUGAUGAGAAAGAGAUCAAAGGAGAAUAUGGUACAAAAGUUGUAUGAUACUUGCAAGCAAGUGUUUGCAAAUGGUAAGGCUGGCUAUAUUCCUCCUCCUCCAGACAUCCAACUACUAACAUCGCUACUAGAUAGUUUGGAACCAAAAGAUAUCAAGUUUACAGCACCAAGCUUGGAAGCUUCAUGUUCAAGUCCUGGAACCAAGGAAGCUCCUCUUGUCACCUACAUUAAGCUCCAUGAAUGCAACAAAUUUUCGAUAGGAAUCUUCUGUUUGCCACCUUCAGGAGUAAUUCCUCUUCAUAAUCAUCCGGGCAUGACUGUGUUUUGCAAGCUACUAUCAGGAACCAUGCACGCCACAUCAUAUGAUUGGGUGCAGAAUCAACACCAAUUUAAUAAUUGCCGCGAGCUGCAGGCACCUGGGAUGAGGCUGGCAAAAGUACAUGUUGACGCAGACUUCACUGCACCCUGCAAUGCUUCAGUGCUAUUUCCGGAAUCUGGAGGAAAUAUGCACACCUUCAAGGCUCUAACACCUUGUAUCCUACUAGAUGUUUUAGGACCACCUUACUCCGAAGCUGAAGGCCGUCAUUGUCAACACUAUCAACAGCACAUUAGUUUUUCCGAUGUAAAAGAAAUGGAGGUGAUCAAGGAAGAUGAGACAAGAACAUAUGCAUGGCUUGAAGAACGAAAUGAUCAGUUCGUUGUUUUAGGAGGAACAUAUGAUGGUCCUAAAAUUCAAAGAUAAAUUAAUUAGAGACGGAAAAACUACAUUGUAUAAUCGUCCAUUGAAAUAACAACAGCAAGCUUUUGUAUAUUGUAUGAUAUACAUAUAAUAUACAUUUUGGAUGUAAAUAUAGUGUGUAUUUUUUUUAUUUUUUUUUAUGUAUGUUUUAAUUAUUUUGAUCGACCGGCCAAAUAUCUAACAUGACAUGUGCAUAACUCUUCUAGUUAAAUAGACGAAAUAUCGUGCGCCCCAAUUGGUAGAGGUGAGUUUUAGUCA